CUCCAAUAUGUUCUAUUGUUAGUUUCUCAUCCUCCAACACAAUUCUAACCGCUGGAGACCACAAAACAAGAGGCUCUCUUAUCAGAAGGUCAUGCCAUUGUUAGAGUUCUCAAUUUUACUUCCCAGGUAUAAGGGAGGAAGUGCUGUGAGCGUGGAUUGUUUACUGUUUCUUUAACGAUAUCCCUGCCGGCGUCCAACUAAGAAGAG